AUGUCGAAUUGGUUCGGUGACUUGCAGUUGGCGUACAAAUACGUCAUCGUCUUCUUGAUUCUCCUUGCGGCGACAAUUCUUGCUGGAUGCGUCAAGCUAUUCUUUGACCGCAGGAAGUUGCAGAAGCACGUCAAGAAAGACGCUGAAUCGGUUGGACCAAGGGAAGACACCGUGGAACUCAACCAGCGUGAAAAGGACGAGGGAGAUUUAUUCGGAAUUCGCGCCAUCGAGGCUGGUUUCUACGCUGGCGUCGCACAGUCGCGCCCAACUUCAAGAGCAGGGUCAAUCGCCGGCCACCCCAAUAUGAGCUCGUCCACUCUCGUUGCCAAUCCCAACUCGCCUCUGUUGAAGCCGCACUCGAAUGGAGGCAGCAUGGUUAGCUUGCCAUUGGCUGGAAAGAACAGCAAUCGCGACUCAGAAACGCUCCCAGACCGCAUAACCCUUACGACACCGCAGUAGACAUGUCUCUGAAUGUCCCUCCAUCCCCCGGUUUCCGUACACAGCCUACAACCUUCGGCGGCUUCGAUACCGAUAGUGACGGCAUCGUCUCUCCUCGCUCCACGUCGCCCCGGUCAGCUGACUUCAACCUGCAAUCGUACAAGCCAGCACCAUCCAUCCCGAUGCCUGACGCUCUCCGUGUCUCGUAUCACUCUGGCGAAGAAACAUGGAAGUCGCAAGCAGCGUCCUUCAAUGACCCAUCUCCUCGUCCGUCUCCUGGCCAGUCACCCACACCGCCUUCUCCUGGUCAUGCGCCUACGACUCGUCUUCCCACUUUGCCCGCGUCAGCUAUGAGGAACACCCCGUCACCGCCCGCGAUCCGCGUGGAAGAGCCGCGUAGGUAGCCACUUUCUCGGUGUGUUUCUUUGUAUAUUUUAGCAUGCAAUAGACGAUCUAUGGACUUCCCUUUCCUGACGAAAUUCGCAAGACUCUGAGCCUGAACGCUUCCUACUCAAGACGUCCGCACCGACUGCGGUUUCGACCCAUCAGCGUGAAGGCAGCGAUGCCAGCAGCGUGUACAGCGAGAACAGACAUAGUGCGUACCAGGCCCACCAGCCAUUCCCAUCUUUCGACCGCUCCAACUCGACGGCGUCGACAACGGGCCCAAGAGCACCGAGCCACCUUCUUGCUCUACCUGAAGGUGCAGCCAAAGAGGCUCGACUCAGCGAGUUCUACGAUGCAUACUACCGUCAAAGCCAGCUGUUAGGCAAUGACUCGGCGCCAAUUACAGUCGAUCGUCAGUCCACCAUUCUAGAAGUCGAAUCUCCUCUUCCGUCGCCACUACCGAACAAGACAUUCGGUCAAGCAGUGUAG